UAAUAGAAAAUCUGUUAUGCUAGCUGGCCUAUCCUUGCUAACCAAUUUUGUUAUCUCCACAGGAUUUGGGCUUUACUGGGCCACCCAUGCUUCAUCUGUAUCUAUUGGACCAAGCAUAUUGAUCUGCUGGUUUGGUGCUUUAAUAUUUCCCGUGCGCCUCACGUGCUCCCCUCUCAGGGGUGGAUUGCUUGAACUAAAGUGUGGACCAGAACUACCCAUCGAAGAAAAAUACAAACAUUGGGGACGAGCUUCUCCAUGGUUAAUGAGUGGCAAUCCCAGGGAUCUUAUCAUGCCUAUUGACGGUGAUGAUGGUUUCUUUCCCACCUCUGGAAAUGAGAUGAAACCAGAAGUUGUUAAUUCCAGUCGGAAAUACCGGUUAAGGGUGCUGGUAUGUGCACCGUCGAAUUCUGCUCUUGAUGAGAUUAUUUUUCGCCUUUUAAAAACUGGUGUUCGUGACGAAAAUGUCCGUGCAUAUACUCCUAAAAUUGUUCGCAUUGGUCUUAAACCGCAUCAUUCCGUAGAGGCAGUCUCUCAAAGAUGCUGUGAAUACUUGGUACUAUUUUCUUCAUCUAACAGUUCCUUGAAAGGAUGUAACUAUCAAAUAGGUGAUCCAGUUCAAUUACCAGCUACUGUAAUUUCGCCUGUUGCUGAGAAACUUGGCUAUGGCACAAGCUUGUUCAAGAGAUUUCAGAGGGCUGGUUAUCCUGUAAAGAUGCUUAAGACCCAGUAUCGUAUGCAUCCUGAGAUAAGAAGCUUCCCUUCAAAGGAGUUCUAUGAUGAAGCAUUAGAAGAUGGAUCAGAUGUUCAAGAUCAAACUACUCGUGAAUGGCACAAAUACCGCUAUUUUGGACCAUUUUGCUUUUUCGAUAUACAUGAAGGGAAAGAAUCACAACCCUCCGGAAGUGGGUCCUGGGUAAAUACUGAUGAGAUUGAGUUUGUUCUUGCCAUGUAUAAUAAGUUGAUAACCAUGUACCCAGCACUUAAGCUCUCAAUUUGCAAUUAUAAGCCCUUAUAGACAUCAAGUCAAGCUUUUACAAGAGAAAUUUCAGGAAAUGUUUGGGGUUGAGUCAAAAAAGGUUGCGGAUAUCGGUACCAUUGACGGUUUCCAGGGACGGGAAAAGGAUGUAAUAUUUUCUUGUGUUAGGGCGAGCAAAGAUAGAGGCAUAGGCUUUGUGGCUGAUUUUCGGCGAAUGAACGUCGGGAUCACCCGAGCAAAGUCUUCUGUACUGGUUGUAGGUUCAGCAUCAACACUGAAGAGGGAUGAGCAUUGGAGCAACCUAGUAGAAAGUGCCGAGAAGCGAGACUGUCUCUUUAAGGUAGGGAAGCCAUAUGCAUCAUUCUUGAAUGAUGAAUAUCUGGAGUCGAUGAAGGCUGUUACCAAGGAUGCACAAAUGGUGGAUGAAAUGGACAAUGAGGAAACUAAUGUGCCCUACAAUGCGGGUGGAGAUGCCGAUCAAGCACCGGUGGAAGACAAUGACUAUGGAGAAGGAUACGGAGAUGGAGACGUGGGGGGUAUGAUGAUGACUAAACACAAUUUUCAGAAAAAAAUGGUAAAAGUUUUGUUGACCCAUAGAAAUUUAAAUCAGAGACUGUUAUUUAAUUGUUAUACAAGG